AUGGCGACACGCCGUAUCCUGGAAAAAGAGAUCGAGGCGAGUGUCUCGUUGUUAUACAUGAGGCGUCCAUGUGAUACGGUCGUGGACACUGCAGCCACAAAAGGUCCCCGUGCUGGAGCUGCGAAGGACAGGGACGCGUUGCACGAAUCGCUGAUGAAAGUGGUGGCGAAACAAGUGCCAAACGAGCUGUCUCUGCGACAGAAGCUGUACGUGAAGAAGAAGUGUGGUGCACGUCUCACGGCAUUGUCGCGGGAGCUGACGCUCGAGGAGUUGCGCCCGCACUUUGGUCAGCCCAUCGUCGAAGUUGCUCGGGAAUUUGGCAUUUGCACGACGUUCCUCAAGAAACUCUGUCGCCAAUGCGGUAUCAAGCGCUGGCCACAUCGCCAAAUCCGGUCGCUGAACCGUACGAUCCAGAUGCUGGAGCAAGUGGAGUCGAAGGCGACGAGUUCAGAGGAGAAGGCCACGUACGCGGCACAGAUUGAGGAGCUCAAGGACAAGCAGCGCGCAGUGAUGGAAGACCCUGAUGUGACUGGUGGACUGAAGCGCAUGAAGAAGCUCGGGGGUGGGUCCAAAGGAACUACUGCUGGACACAUUCCAGCGCGUGCUGAUCAGGACAAGGAGUUGUUACCGUCCAUGACGAUGACGCGUGACGGUGACGAUGCCAAGAAUUUACUCGCGCUCGCUGUUGCAGUGGACUCUAUGUCUGGCCAUAUCGAGAGCAGUGAAGCUGGCUUGCUGAGGGCAAAGAGUCGAGAGGGAGGGAGAUUGUCGCCACCAUCGCUGGGGGUACAUAUUCCCUCCUCGAAUUUGUCGACGGUACCCGUUCCGUCCUCGUUGAUGACGCCCAUGCAGGCUGCACUGGCUACAAGUCAGUGUUUGAAGUCGCUCCGAAUGUCUCCGACGCAUCGAAUAGCGACGGCGGAGAAUCGUUGUGAUGCCAAGAGCCAAUUUGACAGCUUCUCCGUCGCUUCGUUGCAGCGUAAGCCCUUUUGUAUGGGAAAGCGCUAA